CAAAUUAUCACUUUGUGUGAGAGAGAGAACAAAAAAGCAAGCUUCUUCUCUUAAUUAAUUAGGAAUUUUAGGAUAAAGAAGUCUGGGAUUUGGGAAAGGUGAAAUUAGGAAUAUGGUAGGUUAGUUGCCAAACUGACCCUCAGCAACUGGGGUUCCUCUACGGCUUGUAGUACGAGCUCUGUUCAGUGGAAGAAGAGGAACUGAGAGAGAGAGAGAGAGAGAGAGAGAGAGAGAGAGACAGAGAAAACAUGUUACAGUUCCCGGGGUUCAUGACUCAGUACCCAUGGUCGACGACGACGAUUCCAACGUCGGUUUUGCUGCCAUCUCAGUGGCCCCAACCCCACAGCGAUGAGCUCCUCCUCGCCAUGGAAGAGUCCGAUUUCGAAGAGAAGUUGAAUGAAAUCAGAAAAACUAAUAGCAACCUGGUUGUGAUUGGGAAAACUACUAUUGACAAUGACAAAGAAGACUAUGAUAAUGAUGCAGAUGACGAUGACGCUGACAAUGCAGAGGAAUCAGAGGGUGAAGAAUUUGAGCAGGAAACUGGUUGAAGAUUCUGAAUACCCCUAAUUCUUUGUAUCCUUAGGAGUUUGGAACCCCAAAAGCCUUCAUGUGGGAUUGAGUUUUUAAUUCAUGUGCACUUGGAUCCUUGUUAUCCCGUGUAAAGGUCAUGCAAAAUUCUCUAAGAAAUUUAUAUAUUCGAAAAUCUUGUUAUUC